UAUGUUUCCAAAUGGGUGGAAGCAAAGGCCACUAGAACUAAUGACUCUAAGGUUGUUGCAGAUUUUAUCAAGUCUAACAUCUUUAGCAGGUUUGGAAUGCCUAGAGUUCUCAUUAGUGAUGGAGGAUCCCAUUUUUGCAAUCGGACGAUUGAGGCUCUCUUGAAGAGAUAUGAUGUCACACAUAAGGUUUCUACACCUUAUCACCCACAAACUAGUGGGCAGAAGGAGGCAAAACCUAGGCUAAUUCGUUGGAUACUCUUGCUUCAAGAGUUUGACGUUGAGAUCAAGGAUAAAAAGGGCUCUGACAACGUUCUGGCAGAUCACUUGAGUAGGCUAGUGAGUGAAGAGGACGCCAUACCCUUAGUGGAGAUGUUUCCGGAUGAACAACUCUUCGGAAUUCAGGUAAGUGAGCCUUGGUACGCAGAUAUUGUUAAUUAUUUGGUGUCCAAAACGUUCCCUAGUAAUAUGCUAAGUGCUCAACGUGAUAGACUUAAGUUUUUAGCUAGACAAUAUGUUUGGGAUGAUCCUUACUUGUGGAAAUAUUGUUCUGAUAAAUUGAUAAGGAGAUGUGUGCCUAAUAAUGAGACAUGUGAUAGGUGCCAAAGAACUGGUAAUUUAGGACCUAGAGAUCAAAUGCCUUUAACUCCUGUUAUAAUAGUCGAAAUCUUUGACGUUUGGGGUAUAGAUUUCAUGGGUCCUUUUCCUUCAUCUAAUGGUUUCCUUUAUAUUCUCUUGGCUGUUGAUUAUGUUUCUAAGUGGGUGGAAGCGAAAGCCACCAGGACUAAUGAUUCUAAGGUUGUUGCAGAGUUUAUAAAGUCUAAUAUUUUUAGUAGGUUUGGCAUGCCAGCACUCAUUAGUGAUGGAGGUUCUCACUUUUGCAACAAGACCAUUGAAGCUUUGCUUAGGAAGUAUCAUGUGACUCAUAAGGUUUCAACGCCUUAUCAUCCUCAAACAAGUGGACAAGCAGAAGUUUCAAAUAGGGAGAUCAAGAGGAUACUUGAGAAAACCGUGGGUCCUUCAAGGAAGGAUUGGAGCCAACGUUUGGAGGAUGCUCUUUGGGCAUAUAGGACGGCUUUCAAGACGCCAAUUGGGAUGUCUCCAUUUCGUUUGGUGUAUGGGAAACCGUGUCACUUACCUGUGGAGUUGGAGCAUAGAGCUUGGUGGGCAAUCAAGACGUUCAAUAUGGACUUGGAUGGAGCUGGACUUCAUAGGAAAUUGCAACUCAAUGAGCUUGAGGAAAUUCGGAAUGAUGCCUAUGAUAGUGCACGGAUCUACAAGGAAAAGACAAAGGCUUUUCAUGAUAAGAUGAUUCGUGGAAAGACCUUUCACUUAGCGGGCCAUUCCUACUAUUGCUUCUUGGACGGAUAUAGUGGGUACAACCAGAUCUGCAUAGCCCACGAGGAUCAGGAGAAGACGACUUUCACAUGCCCCUUUGGGACCUUUGCUUAUAGGCGCAUGCCCUUUGGCUUAUGCAACGCACCAGGUACUUUCCAAAGAUGUAUGCUUUCCAUUUUCUCAGAAUACAUUGAAAAUAUUAUUGAAGUCUUUAUGGACGACUUUAGUGUCUUUGGUAAAGAUUUUGAUACUUGUUUAGAGAAUCUAGGAUUGAUACUUGAGAGGUGUGUAGAAACUAACCUUGUGCUGAAUUGGGAGAAGUGUCACUUCAUGGUGACACAAGGAAUAGUGUUAGGACACAUAAUAUCUGAUAGAGGCAUUGAGGUAGAUAAGGCUAAGGUUGAUCUUGUACGUCACUUACCCUCCCCCACAACUGUGAGGGAGGUACGCUCUUUUCUUGGCCAUGCAGGAUUUUACAGGCGGUUCAUCAAAGACUUCUCCAAGGUGGCGAGACCUAUGUGUGCCCUAUUGCAAAAGGACGUGCCCUUUGUGUUCAAUGAGGAUUGCAAGAAGGCGUUUGAAAAGCUCAAGGAGUUGUUGACCACGGCCCCCAUCAUAUGCCCUCCGGAUUGGAGUCUACCCUUCGAGCUUAUGUGUGAUGCAUCGGACUAUGCUGUUGGAGCUGUGUUGGGCCAGAGGAAGGAUAAGAAGCCCUAUGCUAUUUACUAUGCGGAUGGGUAUUCUGGUUACAACCAAAUCGCCAUUGCUAAUGAGGAUCAAGAGAAGACCACCUUCACAUGCCCCUUUGGGACGUUUGCCUACAGAAGAAUGCCUUUUGGACUUUGCAAUGCUCCAGGUACGUUUCAAAGAUGCAUGGUAAGUAUUUUUUCUGAUUUUAUUGAGAAAAUUAUUGAAGUGUUUAUGGAUGACUUUUCAGUUUUUGGUAAAGACUUUGAUGAUUGCUUAAACAACUUAGAAUUAAUACUUAGGCGUUGUGAAGAGACUAAUCUUGUGCUUAAUUGGGAAAAAUGUCACUUUAUGGUAAAUCAAGGGAUAGUCUUAGGGCAUAUUGUUUCAAAACAUGGAAUAGAAGUUGAUAAGGCUAAAGUAGAUCUUGUUAAGUACUUACCAUACCCCACAAGUGUGAGGGAGGUCCGCUCUUUUCUUGGACAUGCAGGUUUCUACAGACGCUUCAUCAAGGACUUCUCCAAGAUUUCUAGGCCAUUAUGUCGUCUUCUCCAAAAGGAUGUGGCGUUUGAGUUCAAAGAGGAUUGCAAGGCUGCGUUCAACACAUUGAAGGAACUUCUAACAUCUGCGCCCAUCAUGCUUCCACCAGAUUGGUCUCUUCCCUUUGAGAUCAUGUGUGACGCCUCAGAUUAUGCUAUUGGGGCCGUAUUAGGCCAAAGGAGGGACAAGAAGCCUUAUGCCAUCUACUAUGCUUCUAGAACCCUUAAUGAUGCUCAACUCAAUUACUCUACAACUGAAAAAGAACUUUUAGCUGUUGUUUUUGCCUUAGAAAAAUUUCGUUCAUAUUUAUUGGGUACUAAAGUUAUUGUUUACUCUGAUCAUGCAGCUUUAAGGUACCUGAUGUCAAAAAAGGAGGCAAAACCUAGGCUAAUUCGUUGGAUACUCUUGCUUCAAGAGUUUGAUGUGGAGAUCAAGGAUAAGAAGGGCUCUGACAACGUUGUGGCAGACCACUUGAGUAGGCUAGUGAGUGAAGAGGACGCCAUACCCUUAGUGGAGAUGUUUCCGGAUGAACAACUCUUCGGAAUCCAGGUAAGUGAGCCUUGGUAUGCAGAUAUUGUAAAUUAUUUGGUGUCUAAAACGUUUCCUAGUCAUAUGCAAAGUGCUCAACGUGCUAGACUUAAGUUUUUAGCUAGACAAUAUGUUUGGGAUGAUCCUUACUUGUGGAAAUAUGGUUCUGAUAAAUUAAUAAGGAGAUGUGUGCCUAAUAAUGAACAAAAAGCUAUACUUGAGUUUUGCCAUUCUAGACAAUGUGGUGGUCACUUUGGCUCUGAUAGAACUGCUAGGAAGGUGUUGGAAUCGGGUUUUUAUUGGCCUACUUUGUUUAAAGAUGCAUAUGAAUUUUGUAUGACAUGUGAUAGAUGCCAAAGAACCGGUAAUUUAGGAACUAAAGAUCAAAUGCCUUUGAAUUCUAUUAUAGUUGUCGAAAUUUUUGAUAUUUGGGGCAUUGAUUUUAUGGGACCUUUUCCUUCAUCUAAUGGUUUUCUUUAUAUUCUCUUGGCUGUUGAUUAUGUUUCUAAGUGGGUGGAAGCGAAAGCCACCAGGACUAAUGAUUCUAAGGUUGUUGCAGAGUUUAUAAAAUCUAACAUCUUGAAUAGGUUUGGCAUGCCUAGAGCUAUCAUUAGUGAUGGAGGUUCUCACUUUUGCAACAAGACCAUUGAGGCUUUGCUUAGGAAGUAUCAUGUGACACAUAAGGUUUCAACGCCUUAUCAUCCUCAAACAAGUGGACAAGCAGAAGUUUCAAAUAGGGAGAUCAAGAGGAUACUUGAGAAAACCGUGGGGCCCUCUAGGAAGGAUUGGAGUCAACGUUUGGAUGAUGCAUUAUGGGCGUAUAGGACAGCUUACAAAACGCCAAUAGGAAUGUCACCCUUUCGUUUGGUGUAUGGGAAACCAUGCCAUUUACCUGUGGAGUUGGAGCAUCGAGCAUGGUGGGCAGUUAAGACAUUCAACAUGGACUUGGACGAGGCUGGCCUUCAUAGGAAGUUGCAACUAAAUGAGCUUGAGGAAAUUCGAAAUGAGGCUUAUGAUAGUGCGCGGAUUUACAAGGAAAAGACAAAGGCUUUUCAUGAUAAGAUGAUUCGUGGAAAGACCUUUGUAGUUGGGCAAAAAGUUCUUUUAUUUCAUUCUCGAUUGAGACUUUUUCCUGGUAAGUUGCGUUCUAGAUGGGUUGGUCCUUUUAUUGUUACUAAAGUUUUUCCUCAUGGUGCUAUACAGAUAAGGAGCCCUGCAACUGGAAGUGAUUUCAAGGUGAAUGGACAUCGUCUUAAACCUUACUAUGAGGCGUUUGUGGAGCACAAUGUGGAGGAUGUACCCCUCCAAGAUGCGCCACAACCAGAGGACUAAAUGAAGGUGCAAGUCUAGGCUGAAAGACUUUAAACAU